UGAAUAACUGAUUUCUCAAGACAGCCACACGUUAGGGCCUUAUAAACAUACAAAGAAAGCUUACUUCAAAUUCCAAUAUUUCCUUAAGUUUGGGGGUUUCAUAAUUAAAUAGGUUGGCUCCAGAUAUUCUGUUGACAAGAAAACAACGGGUUCCAAAAUAGAAUAAUUUUUGUGUAAGUGAAGAAUAUCGCAGUAAGUCCAUGGUUUGGCACGUUUGUACAGAUCACGAUGUGAAACACAACAGGAGGUCAACACACGGUCCAUCCACAAGAGGGAUGGAGACCAAACGCUUGGGCAGAUGGAGCUUUGGACUUUGGAGACCAUUGGAUCAUGUGUUUUUCCUGGUCCUGAUCCUGCUAUGCUGUCAAGUACAGCCACUGAGCACAGCUAGCACUGUAACUGCAUCUCCAAACACUACAGCACCUACAGGAUCCACACAAUUGACAACGACUAGACAAACUGCUACCACAAUAAAUUCACCUAUAACCUCAGCAAUAUUAACAACAAGCGUUUUUACCACAAUACCUGUUAUAACAACAAAUUUACCUACAACCUCAGCAACAACAAGCCUUUUUACCACACUACCUGUUACAACAACAAAUGUACCUACAACCUCAGCAACAACAAGCCUUUUUACCACACUACCUGUUACAACAACAAAUGUACCUACAACCUCAGCAACAACAAGCCUUUUUACCACGCUACCUAUAACAACAACAAAUGUACCUACAACCUCAGCAACAACAAUCCUUUUUACCACGCUACCUAUAACAACAACAAAUGUACCUACAACCUCAGCAACAACAAGCCUUUUUACCACGCUACCUAUAACAACAACAAAUGUACCUACAACCUCAGCAACAACAAGCCUUUUUACCACGCUACCUAUAACUACAACAACAACAACACCAACAACAACAACAAUGGCAAGAACAACAGAAGCCCCAACCACAUCAUCACAUACAAGCAAUCCAACAACAUCCAUGACAGAACUACACACAACUGAAGGCACAACUCAAUUUUUCCAAACUGUGGAAGCCACACCACACUUAUCCACUGACAUUACUUCAUUUUCUGAAACAAAUACAACAUUCACAACAUCUUCAGCAACUACACCUGACCUAUCAUCUCCCUCCAUUCUAACUAAUACAACAUCACUGAUACCAACAACCAUGCCGUUCACAGUAAAUGAUUCAACGGACUUAAAAUGCGAUUAUAAUCAAAACUGUAAUCAGGCAUUUUACUUCAUGAAUUUGUCAGUUGAGGUAAAAGACCUGGAAAGUGAGCUAAGUAUCAGAAUGGUGCUUGAAAAACUUUUCAGAAAUAACAUAGAGAGCUGUACACUAGAUUCCACUACAAGGAACACAAGCCUGCUUGAAGCCAUGGAGGUCAAAUGUCAAGUUAACAAUAUAGAAUGUACUGCUCUUUUGAAGCUGAGUGAACCUGCCCGUAUUUGCUGUAUUAGAGAAACUGUAAUGAAGACAGACUACAAAUUGUUCAUCAAUGUAACUGUGGUGGGAGAAAUCGAAAGAGUGGGUGUAUGCAAUGUGAAACAGAUCCCAACUGGACCAUAUAUUAUAAAUGAUCUGCCAUUAAAUCUUGAAGACGUGUGUAAUUCAAAGAUUUACGAAUUUCAGCACGGUGCAAAUGCGAUUAUUCUGCUGGAUACUGGUGAUCGGGAGAACUGUACUCUUAGCCCACCACCACUAAGCAGGUGUUUUUGUACUUCGUACUGCAGUAGCUCAGAUUACUAUUUCAGUGUUAACAUUGAUGUGAGCACUGAAGUGACCAUCGCUAUCAUCGAAGCCUCUAUUCAACAGUUGCUGAAUAACCCUUCAUGCAACAGCACAUUAUUUGUUUGUAUGGUUAUCAAAACGCUUAUAAGUCAGUAUAGGGACUCGCAAGUGAUUUGUUCGCCAGGGAAAGGGCUACAAAAUUGUAACAUUAUAGUGAAGCUAAACACAACCAUCAACUUGUGUGACGUUCAGAUGGCUUUCAAGGCCUUCAUUAAUCCAGAAUACCCAGUGAACAUCAGAAAUAUAACCAGAGUUGCCAUGUGCUCUGCGAACAAUUCUUUGGAAGAAAAUGUCACUUUGGUGUAUCCCUUGAGUACAAAUUUAAGUUCUGCUGACUUCUGCAUGAUGGAAAACAGAUGGGAUGGUUACUGCUCACAGGGAUUUGUUGUCUUUCCUCUGCUUGAACCUUGUAAUUCAUCCAUGCUCAUGACCCCAACCCCCCCAUCAUUCACAAUUACAUACUACAUGGAACAGUCAACUUCUGUGACACCCUCUGUGAAUGUAACACUCUCUAACACCACCACCAUGAACACUACAGUCUUCACAACAGUGUCACUUAAGAACCAAUCUUCUCCGUCACCUGCUAAUGUCACAAUCAUAGCAUCAAUGAUGGAUGCUGAUCAAUUGUUGACAAUGUCUGCAAAUGCCUCAGCUUUAAACGGCACUCAGGUGGAAAUUAUCAUAUCGCAGCUCGAGUCACUACUCUCUGGACCAAAUGCCAGCCUGGCUCUGGGAAACACUUCCGUUAAGAUUGUCAGCAACCUCCUUGAUGUUCCUGCAGCUGUUAUAACUCCUUUCUCCAAGAGAGCCAUUGGCAUUGUGGACACAGUGGGUCUUAAACUGGUUGUGCCGAAAGAAAGUAUUAAAAUACUUUCUCCAUCUCUGGCUCUGGCAGUGAAGAAAGUUGAUGGGGCCAACUUUGAAGAGACCUCCAUCUCUAUAACUGAACCAUUCAACCUACAGAUCCAUAGGGAAUUCUCUCAGCAAAAAUAUUUUGAGGGUCAGGUCCGGUCUACUCCUCUGGGCUCGAUUACUCUCCCAGCCUCCCUGACACAGAACCUAACCCCACAAGAGCAGCAGCUUGUAUCCAGAGUCCAGUUCAACUAUUACCAAAAGAGUACCUUCUUCCAGGACAAAGCACUUGGUAAACGUAUACUAAACAGCGGGAUUCUAAGUACCAGUGUAGGUAAUGUGAACAUCUCGGGUCUACAGAAGCUGGUGGUGAUAACCCUGAAGAACACAGAGCCCAUUCCGGCUAACUAUGUAGCUUCCUGUGCAUUCUGGGACUUUGACUUAAAUGAUGGCUCUGGUGGAUGGCGUUCUCAAGGGUGCCAUGUGAUUAACUCAUCUUCUGAAGAAACGCAGUGUGGUUGUAAUCACCUUACCAGCUUUGGCAUUCUGCUUGACAUUUCCAAGACCGAUCCCCCAAGUGCCUUGCAUCAGUUAAUCCUGACAUACAUUACAUUUAUCGGCUGUGGCAUUUCGUCUAUUUUCCUGUCUUUCACCCUGCUCACUUAUCUGGCCUUUGGUAAACUCCGAAAAGACAUCCCAUCUAAGAUCCUUAUUCAUCUGUGUUUGGCCUUGCUGCUGCUAAACCUGGUGUUCCUGUUGGAUGCGUGGCUGGCUCUGUACUCUGAAGAUGUUAAAGGCCUUUGUAUCUCAACUGCCUUCUUCCUGCAUUACUUCCUCCUGGCAUCCUUCACCUGGAUGGCACUGGAGGCCGUCCAUAUGUACCUGGCCCUUGUUAAGGUGUUCAACACCUACAUCUCCCACUUGAUGAUCAAGAUGGGACUUGCUGGUUGGGGCAUUCCACUCAUUGUAGUCAUAAUCGUCAUUGCCAUUAACAAAGACAACUAUGGCCUUUUGUCAUACGGGAGGUUUCCGAACGGAGCGACAGAUGAUUUUUGCUGGAUAAAAAACGACAUUGCCUUUUACGUCUCCGUGGUGGCGUACUUCUGUCUUGUCUUCCUGCUGAAUUUGAUAAUGUUUAUUGUGGUGAUGAUCCAGCUGUGCCGCAUUAAGAGGCAGAAUUCUCACAAUCUGCAGAAUCGCACUGGUUGGCAGGAGAUGCGCAGUGUAUGUGGACUCACCGUGCUUCUGGGUCUCACCUGGGGCUUCGCUUUCUUCGCCUGGGGCCCUGUUAACCUGGCCUUCAUGUACCUGUUUGCCAUUUUUAACACUUUACAAGGAUUCUUUAUCUUUGUGUUCCACUGUGCCAUGAAAGAGAAUGUCAGACGACAAUGGAGAACAUACCUGUGUUGUGGUAGACUGAGAUUGGCAGAGAACUCAGAAUGGAGUCGCACAGCAUCUCAGAAGAAUAAAAAAGCCACUGUGAAAAGGAAGUCUCCGCUGCGUUCAUCACAUUCGGCUCGGUCCAAUAAUUCUAGCUCCUCUUUCCUGAACAAUGACAGCGUGGCGUGUGACAUGCCAGUGGGCAUCAGCAACCCAAUAGACAAAAGGACAAUAACAGCAUCUGAAGAGCACAGCUCAGAUGUGGUAUUGAAUGAGAUCAACGACCAGUACCGGAAUCAAAGAUCAUACUGAAUGAACUGAUCAUAACCACAAUUACUCCUACUGUAUCUGUCCAGGUGUAUUCAUGAGUGUGUUGUUAAGUGUGUAUGAUGUAUUUUCUAAUAAGACUAUGUUUCAAUUGUAUUUCCUUAAAGUAUUGACAGUUGUACUAUAUAUGAAACAGUAAAGAUAUUAAUUAUUGAAGCACUUUAAUCAAAGCAAUUAAAAACCUUUUAAACCAAUAAUAAAACCAAGGCAAAAAAAGCAGAACAUAUAGGAUGGUUUAGGGAUGAUCCAAUAGCUUUCAGUGAAUAAUUAGCAUUGGCUUAUUGUGAAUAUAAUGAUUUGCUUAAAUGCUAUUGUUCAGUGAAAUUUUAUAUACAUAUCUAUUAGUCUGUGAUACUUGAGUUAUGUUCUCAUGUAGAUUAUAUUUUUGUAUUUUCAUAGCUUUUAAAAAGAGUAAUUUACAAUGAUAUAUUACAACAACAACAAAGUUUUGAAGUGUCUGGUUGGUCUUACGGUUUAUUUCCAGAUUUUCAAUUUUAUACAAGCACACACACACACACUUUUUUGAAUGUCCGAUUAAUAACGUGAACCAUAUUUUUGACAAAAGUCAAUAGUCUUUACGAUGCCAGAUUGGCAGUAGGUCUUUUACGGUCCAUCUUUACAAUUCAUUGGUUUAUCAUACAAUUUUAUUCAUCUGUAUGUCCACAUCAUAUUCAUAUCUUCAACAUGAUAGAGCAGGCUGGCUUGAUCUACACAUUAAGAAUCCCCUUUCAGACCUAAUGAAUUAUAGAAGAGAAAGUUGGAGGUAAGCAGCUAUUUAUAUACAUCCAUAGCACUGAGAUUGUCAGGACAAUAUGAAUAUACUCCUCCCGAACGUUUGUUUGGAACAUUUAAGACAAAACACAUUCCUCUAAAUCCAGUGAGGAAUUCCAAACUUUUUAGGCAAGAUCAACAUUGUCCACUUUGUCAGGCCACUUGUGCUUCUUGCCCGAGCUGAAGUGUUUGAUUGCCAUUAUAGGCCCAGAGUUCAAUAUUAAACCUCAAAUAGUCUUGUGCGCUAAUAGUAGGAUCAUUCUAGAUUUUUUUUACAGCAUCUUGUCAGG